AUGUUCGAAGGACGGUAUGAACAGGAACAGCGCCAGAUGGCUGCUUACCAGGCCACUUCGGGCGAGCGUCGGUCCAAGGUUGAGGAGCUCCACACGUUGGUUUGUGAGCACCUGCGAGGGGCCAACGUGCCUAGCUAUCUCGUGGAGUCUGUGCAGAACAGCCUGAGAAAGGCAAGUCAGAACCCCAAAUUUGACAGUCGUUUGCUGCAGGAGUUUUUCCUGCUAAGCCCUCGUCCCCGCAAUGAGUACGCGGAGCCUUCUGCAAGAACAGCGCAAGCAGAUACGACAGUUGCUUCUGGCUCCUGUCCUACGAGGCGCAACUGGUGGCUAGCCACGCUUGGGGCUUUUUUCCUUUGCAUGGUGUUUGGUCCUUGUGUCACCUACAGCGAGUGGUAUAUUGAUGAGCUGUUCGCUGCGGUGCGCAACGCUGAUGCGAGAGGGGAAACCUCUUUUCGAGAGCUUCUGAAACACGAUUUUUGGGGCAACUCUCUGCAGGGCGGUUGGACCCACAAGUCAUACCGACCGUUGGUUGUGCUCUCCUAUGCUGCACAGUACUGGCUAAAUUCCUGGGACUUCAGACCGCAGCCCCUGCGAGCCUUCAACGUCGCGAUUCAUGCCUGCAACUCGGCUUUGUUGGUCUUUCUGCUUCGGCGCCUGAAUGUAGCAGCAUUCCCGGCAUUUUUAGCGGCUGGCUUCUUUGCUGUGCACCCUGUGCACGCAGAGAACGUCAUUUACCUAGUGGGGCGAGCUGACGCGAUGGCCACUUUCUGUUGGCUGGUCGCUUGCUUGUGUUGGCAGCCGCCACAAAGGCAGAGAAGGCUUGUCUCACACGCCUUUCGCAUCUUCUUGGUGUCUGCACUUGCUGUGCUGGGUGGAUUUUGCAAAGAAAGCGGAUUCUGUGUCUUGCUGCAUCUUGCAGUGAUGGAGCUUCUGGGACCUCGUCCCCUGAGUGGCGCAGUUCCCCUUGUCAGCGUCUUUGGCCUCAUCUUCCUGGGGCGAAACUGGAUUACUUCGGGUACCUCUGCUGGGUUCUCAUUCGUGGAUACACCUGUCCAGUACCGGAAUGAUCCGCUGUUGCGUCUGGCCACUUACCUGUACUUCCAUGCCAAGUAUGCUCAGCUUAUGGUUUUUCCUUGGACCUUGUCCUGGGACUACUCAUACGAUGCUCUCCCAGAUUUGGCUGCCAGCUGGCAAGACGUUCGCGUACUCUCAAUCCUGGCCGCAUAUUUGGGUAUAUCAGCUCUAGCGGCAUGGGCAUUUGCCAUGAGGAAACGUUUGGUUCUGAUUGGCCUGAGUAAUAUCAUCAUACCUUUCGUUCCAGCUUCCAACCUCUUCUUCGUUGUGGGGGUCACGGUCGGCGAACGUUUGCUUUAUCCUUGCAAUGUUGGGCUAGCAAUCCUAAUUGGCACGUUCGGGACACGCAGCACUUCCAGGGAAGCCUUGAAACGGAUGACCACACCAACAGGGAAAAGCCCCAAGGACACUUCUUUUGACAGCUCUGCAAGCUUCCAUGGGCCGGCAAUCUUCAAGGCCCUGCUCUUGGGGAUGCUGGCUGUCUUUACUUGGCUGGCCAGGGUACGCACAUGCCAGUGGGCUUCUCGUGAGCUUCUCUUUGCGGCGGAUGCUCAAAGCUAUCCGCGGUCUACCAAGGCUCUGCACCACUUCGAAGCUGCAGAGCAGAUCUACGAUGGUUCUGGACUCACGCAGUACUGCAUUGGUCAAAUUCUGUUGGAGACUGGCCGUGCCAGAGAGGCCGAGGCCAAGUUUGAGAAGAUUCUUUCAGGGCAUGCUUUGGGAUUUGGUUCCCACAACAUCUUUUCGCUGUACGUUGACUAUGGCUUCUCACUGGUUUUGCAGCAGCGUUUUCAAGAGGCGGUAGACCCUAUUAAUGAGGGCUUGCGGCGUAACGAGGACGUACCCCACGGUCUUAACGCGCUUGGCUACUCAUAUCUCAAUCUGGGAAAGAUUCAAGAAGCCGUUGCAGCCUUUGAGCUGGGCUUGAAGUAUGAUUCAGGAAACGCUUAUCUUGAAAACAACUUGGGUGUCGCGAAUAUAUACGCUGGGCAGCUGAACGAAGGCGCUGUUCGCAUCUCCAAAGCUGCGCAGCUGGAGAGCGGUGUGCCUGCGUUUGCGCACAAUGUACUGUUGCUGCGGGAUAUGGCGGACACGGGCAGGUGGCCAACGAAGCGCUUCGCCCUGGAGCUUUACUACAAUAGAGGCAUGUAG